AAUGACGUCCGUCUGACAGUUUCUCCACAAGGAUGUCGGAUGUCAUGGAUGUCUCCAUCUUACCUCCUCCAACACAAAUUCAACACCUCAUGGACACCAUUAGCACACCGGUAUUCACUCUGGUUAUACCGUGAGGUGGGAUGGGAUCCCAACCAGGUCAUGGGUGUACCAGUUCUGUUCAUUCCCGGAAACGCUGGCUCGUCGCAUCAAGUCCGGUCCAUUGCAUCCUCUGCCUCAAGACAAUAUUUUUCCGACUUUACGGGUCGUGGAAUUCAGUCGCUGGACUUUUUUGCUGUGGAAUUUAACGAAGACCUUUCGGCAUUCCAUGGACCUACUAUUGAGUCACAGAUCGAAUACUCCGCUGCGGCGAUACGUUACAUCCUAUCACAUUAUCCCCCUAAUACCCGAAUUAUCGUCAUGGGUCAUUCGAUGGGCGGUAUCGUAGGGACCGCUCUUCUCCCAUCCGACGACAUAUCCGCAUUGAUAACCAUGUCUACUCCCCACACACUACCGCCCGCACGCUUUGACGCUCGUAUAGAUGAGAUAUACCGACGAAAUGCUGAAUCUUUGGCGAAUGACCCGACGCCCGUCGUCUCGAUAUGUGGAGGAGCAUCAGACAUGAUGAUUCCGUCUGAGUCCUGCAUUCUACCAGAUCCUGGAGAUGGCAAUCUGGGAAGUGCUAUUUACCGUCGUGCGUGGACUGGGGUUGGUCAUCGCGAGAUGGUAUGGUGUCAUCAGGUGCGAUGGCGGGUUGCUCGUGCUGCCCUCGAGCUUGGAGGAGCAAAUUCCCAGGUAGAUAUGGCGACCAUAUUGGAUACCUGGCUUAGUAGAGAUGGUCGUUUCCUUCCUUCUGCAACAGGCAUAGAUAUUCCCGAGGCAACGACUUACGAGGCUCUUCCUGAGGGUAUGAAUCUGGUCUUGAGAAAACCCACUGAAUCUCGGACAUACCUCCUCCCUAUACCGCGUGCUCUUGAAACGAACGCUACGUUUGUCUUGUUUGUAUCACGAGGCAGCAUACCCCCCAUUGCACCCCAGCAUCCGACCAAACUGCAGGCGUUACCUUACUUUUGCGUUGGACGCGCGACAUCGCCAACAACACAACAAUCCUCAGAGUCCGUGUCGUGUGUACCGCUCGAGCCCAGUACUCUGAAGCUCUUACCAAGUCCUCAACUGGGAAAACCUUUUCCAGUACCGGAUGAAGGGUCUGAUGAGAGCGAGGGCGUUGUCCUUUUCGAGGCCACUGUACCACGUACACCUAGUGAUGCGGAGGAUGCUUGGAUCGGUGUUCAUGUUAACGCUGCUGGUGAAGAUAACUGGGUGUUUGGAGGAUUCGACGAGACUCGGACUUUCUCAAGUGAUAUUGGCGUUUUUGACAUCGUUGCUGGUGAUGCAAAGCUCUCGCUGCAACUUACUGAGCAGAGUUUGGUGCGAAGGCACAUUACCUUUCCGAGGUUGCUCUCGAACGCGCUCUUGGUAUACACACUCACUCCAAAAUCAGUCCGUCCCACGGCGUCUUGUGCACGUUCCCCGCCCUUGCUUCCCCCGCUUUUGGUGCACAAGUCCCAUCCAGCAGAAAGUCAUUAUUAUCGCCUGAAACAUGAGACAUCAGUUGCUCUCCAUACACAUGCAUCAGCGCCGUACAUACCCCUCUCAAGGUUUUCUCCGUCCUAUAGUUCAGAGCUCUGGAUGUACUCGAUCGGCACUGGCUGUGAAGAUGUCAACGAAUUUACUUUGACUAUCGACUGGUGGACGACCAUUGGGAGGGUUACUACUAGGUAUCCUACUACCCUAAUAAGCUGGGGUGUAGGUGUGGUUGCGCUGUUGAUAUUUCAGGCAUGGAGCGAGAGUGGGAAGGGUGCGAUGCCAAGUGUGUCACAAUCGUUGGUCGCCUUCAUCUGUCGCCUUCUGCCAAAACUGCUUGCCGCAUCCUUUGUUGUAGCCCUGUUGCCCUUGAGCCCUGAUUACUACUUAGGAACUCGAGGAGAACCGUUUCUCGGAUUUCUUGCGCCAAUCCUGCUGGUUGUCGCCACAGGUCUUGUAUGUGUUAGCUGGUGGCUCAUAUUACUCCUCAUGUGGCCUUUGAGAUUCUUCACUCGAUUGCUACCACCGAAGAGCAGGCGAUACGAUGACCUGGCAAUGCCACGAAGCACCGUUGUCUCUCUUGUUUUCAUCUCUUUUCUGGUGUUUCUGGUGGUCCCAUGGCAAAUUGCAUUUAUGGGAUGCUGGUUGAUUCAUUUACACACAUGUGCGAGCUCAGCACAUCGAAAGCCUUACCCUGGCUCUGUGCCUUCUCUCCGAAGCACACCCGUCGAAUCGCUUCCUCUGCGCGAGCGCUUCGAUGGCCGCGAGCAGGACACGCAGAAUACGCAGGACACUGAAUCCAAAGAGAUAGAGCCCUCCGAAGAACCUGAAAUUCAGGACGUGAGCCGGGCUCAGAGUUUGGUCACUGUCACCGAUACUCUGGAUGCCACCCAAGCUUAUCAUGAGAACACGCAUCUCCUGUUGCUGAUGACUUGGCUUCUGCCAUUGUCAAUGCCUGUGCUUGCGGUUUGGGUGAGAACCCUGAUGACCGCCGGGUAUACGGCCCCGUUCAACGGCGAUCACAAUGUCUUCAAGGUUGCACCGUUCCUUGUACUUGUUGAGUUCACAAGUCGCAGAAAAAGUGCUUUGCUAUCGUACGGAAAUACGGGAUCAUACCUUCACUGGGGAUACAUCAUCGUCGCCUGUGUGUCGUUCUUGCUUGGCUCCCGGGAGGCAUACAAGGUGUUCGAUGUUGCGAGUUUGUGCAUCGGGUGCGCAUUAGUCGUAAAAUUCAGCCCUGUCCGUUUUGGUAGACGCAUUGCUACAUGAUGAUUUGAAGGCUACCUGUUUGCAUUGUGCAGAUAUUCACUUUUCGCUGCGUCCGCUUCUAUGGUAUGAGCUGGCUUGGAUAUGAGC